AUGGAUUCGAGAGCUAUACUCGGUUCUGCUUUGUUUCAACUCACUCCUACUCGUACCAGAUUCGAUCUGGUGUUGUUCUGUGGGAGUAAGAAGGAGAAGUUAGCAUCAGGGAUAUUCGAACCCUUCAUCUCUCAUCUUAAAUUCGCAAGAGAUCAAAUCACCAAAGGCGGUUACUCCAUUUCUCUUCAUCCUCCCUCCACUUCUCACUCUUCUUGGUUCACCAAAUCCACUUUUGAUCGGUUUGUGAGAUUCGUGAACACGCCUGCGAUUAUCGAGAGGUUCGUGACUCUGGAGAAAGAGAUCUUGCAGAUUGAUCACUCUAUCCAAGCUAAUGAGAUUGCUACUGCUGCUGAUCAAUUACAAGACGCUUUUUCAAUUAAUUGUCCUCUCAAUGUAUGUAUUACACAGAAGGAGUCUGAGAAUGGCGAUGGGGCUGCAGGAGAAGAAACCUCAAAGAUUCAGCUUCAACGUCUUCUUGAAACCAGAAGAACAUUGCUUCGGAGAGAGCAAGCAAUGGCUUAUGCACGAGGGGUUGUUGCUGGUUUUGAAAUCGAUACUAUUGAUGAUCUCAUACUCUUCGCUGAUGCUUUUGGUGCGUCAAGGUUAAGGGAAGCAUGCGUAAAGUACAAGGAACUAUGGCAGAAGAAGCAUGGAGAUGGGCUUUGGAUGGCUGAAUUAGCAGCUGUGAAAGCUAUUGCACCAGCAGACAUGUCUUUGCUAGGUUCCUCAGGGAUCAUUCUCACCAAUGAAGUUGCUGCUGCUCUUCCACUAAACGGGACAGACUCAUCUAACUCAAGUUUUGAAAACAAAGACCAGCACGCUUCUGCUGUUCCAAACUUUCAACCACCAAUGGGAUGGCCUAACCAUAUACCUCAGUAUUACUACCCACCUCCAUACCAAGGCUAUCCUUACCCUAUGAUGCCUAAUCAAAACCAAGGAAACAUGCCAUGGCCUUCAAAAGCUUUCAAGAAGAAAGGCAAAGGUGAUUCUGAUGGAGAUGAGUCUAGUGGGUCUAGUGAAUCAUCUGACUCGGGAAGCGAUGAUGAUUCUGCUUCUUCUUUGGAAGAUCAAGGUAAAAGACACACUAAAAACUCUCGUAGGUCCUCAAAGAAAAACAGGAAGAAGUCAUCAUCUAAGACUGUUAUCAUCCGUAACAUUAACUACAUAAGCCCCGAGGGGAGAAACGGAGACAUUGUGGAGGGGAAUGAGUUUACUGACAACGGUUCUACUAAAGCUUAUGAUAGAGAAGUUUCUGGUGAUGAGAUUCUGAAGAGUUCAGCUGAAGCAAAAGGAAGCAAUAGUGAGAAUUGGGAUUCUUUUCAGAAUAUUCUGAUGAGGCACGACGAUGGCUCAGAUAUACAUUCAAUGAAUGUCGUCAGUGAAGAGCAUUUCACACACGGAGGAUCUAAAGGUUUGCAAGUAAACAACAAUGGCUGUAGCGAUUCCAUUGAUUUAACUCAGAAACACAUAGAAAAUGGUGGAGGAGCGAGCUUUGAUCAGUUUGAAAGUGAGGGUAGGGUUUCAAGAACGAGAGAUUCAACAGAAGAGUAUAUGUUAUUGCCAAAGAGAACAGAAAUGUUUAGAGAUGGAAGCAAGGACUUGUAUAAUGCUACAACAUCAUUGGUGAAGAAGUCAGGAGGAAGUGGAGAGGAUUGGUUUACUACUUCUGAUCAUUGUGGAGUGAAACCGGAAAGAAGCAACUAUGGGGGGAGUAUGUCAUUUGAUGAAAGUUGCAUUAUGACAACAUCUGGAGGUUCUGAUCAGAGCAAGAAACAAGAGUUCGUUGAUGAUUCUUUCAUGGUCCAUUCAUCCUCCCUCACUGGUGAAGAUGUUUAUGAUUCUCGUUGGAGACCAGAGGAUGUUGGCAUUGAUAACGGUCAUGCAACAAAUGAGAAGCGUGAAAUGUCAGGCUCGUGGGAACCAAAUGAUCUAUGUAUGAUCCCUGAACGCAGUUCAGGAGACUCGUUGGCUAAUGAUCACUAUAUUGAUUUCUCUGCUGAAGUGAACGCAAGGCUAUCAAGUAACGGAACAACAGCUCAGGAAAAAGAAGAUAAAACCGUCUCGAGCGUGGAGAAAAAGAAGAACCCGGAAGCUCGUAAGACUAGAACUCCAGCUAGAAGCAGAGGUGAAACCACGUCCAACACUGUAAAGAAACCGGUAGCAGCUAGCAGAACAAUGGCACAGAAGAACAAGUUUGAAAAGGAAGAAGAAAUGAGGAAGAGAAUAGAGAAUCUUGUUUUGGAAAGGCAGAGAAGAAUCGCUGAGAGAUCAGCAGCCACUGCUUCUCGAAAAACCUCGAACCGAUCUCCUUCGGUUCGUGAAAGGACCACAUAA